AUGGAGAUAAUGCUUACCUUAUUUGUUACUCUCUUUACUCCCUUUUCUUUCUUUCUUUCUUUCUUUGCUUUGCUUUCCUCCACUUUGAAUUUAGCACCAGUUUUCAGUAUGAGAAAUGUCUCUAUGUUUUUCUUCAUUCUUGGAAGUGUAAUCUUUCAGCUUUCUCAAAGUGCAACUGUAAUAGUUGAUGGAGUUUCACUAUGGAAAAAUCCAAUUGUCCACAUUGGUGAUUCCAUUAUUUUUCAGCAUAAGUAUGAGUAUAAUGUGUACAUUUUCAAGAAUCAGAAUGCCUUCAAUGUCUGCAAUUUCACUCAAGCUACACUUCUUACUAAAUCUGAUUCCAAGUCUUACACUUGGCACCCAUCAAGGCAGGGUGUUUUUUACUUCUCAUUCAACAAUGAGUCAAAUGCAGCAUGUUUACAAGGCCAAAAACUAGCAAUUAAGGUAUCUUUUCCUACUCCGGCGGCAAGUCCUGCCUCCUCGCCGGCAAAGCCACCGGUGGGAGUUCCACCGGUGAUAUCCGGCGGCGUUGUGUCAUCUUCUCCGGCAUAUCCAUGGCCGUUUCAGCCCCGAGAAGCCACUUCCCCUAGCCCUUCACCAAGUGCUCUGUUCCCGGCAAAUGGGCCAAUGGUACCGGAAAAAGGAGGUGAAAUUCCGUUUAUUAACAGUAAUCCAGCGGUUCCAUUGCCCACUGGUGAAGUAGACUCUGCCACUAUCCGCCCUUUGCCAACUUCCGGUUCUAAUCACCAGGUGGUGGGGUUUUCAGCAAUUCAAAGAAGUGUGUGCUUUGCAAUUUUCUUAAUGAUGCUUUAGACAAUGCAAAAAGGAGA